UUAGGGACUUGAGCGCUUGGAAUUCGGCGGCCGGUGCUCGGCGACUGGGACAUGGGGCUGUGAUGUUGCCGGGACCGGGCGCGGCAGAAACACCCCGGGGAAGAGGCCUGUGAAGAAGGUGCUGUGAGGAUUCGAGGAUUUGCUUUGAUAAGGUUACAACAACAUCCUUCUAACGCUGACAAGCAUGGAUUUCCACAGUUGUCUUUAUAAUAUUGGGGAAGACCUCGCCAGUCGCGAGGUGGCUUCCCUCAAGUUCCUGAGCCUGGAUUACAUCCCACAUAAAAAGCAGGAGCCCAUCCAGGAUGCCUUGAUGUUAUUCCAGAGACUCCAGGAAAAAAGAUUGUUGGAGGAAAGCAACCUAUCUUUCGUGAAGGAGCUGCUUUUUCGAAUUGAAAGGUUUGACCUGCUGGAGAAACACCUGGGCACCAACAAGGAGGAGAUGAAACAGGAGCUUGAGAUGCCGGGAAAGGCCCAGAUCUCUGCCUACAGGGUCAUGCUUUUUCAGAUUUCAGAAGAACUCCGUGAUUCAGAUGUGAAGGAAUUUAAGUUUUUCUUGCUCAGGGAGAUCGCCAAAUGUAAACUGGAUGAUGACAUGAAUUUGUUUGAUGUUUUCAUAGAGAUGGAAAAAAGGGUCAUCUUAGGGAAAAAAAACUUGGAUGCCCUGAAAAGAAUCUGUAGCCAUGUCAACAAGAGCCUGCUGAAGAUAAUCAAUGAUUAUGAAGAACUGAAUGAAGAUGGAAGAAUGAGCCUUGAAACAAAUAAAGAUGGACUUUCAAAUGGUUUAUCCGAGUUGCCCACAGGACUGGAGUCCAUUGGAAUGCUGGCACUGUCCGACUCUCUGGGACAAUUGGACAUUCACACGCAGGCAUCGGACAGAAUUUACCGAAUGGAAAGCAAGCCUCGGGGAUACUGUUUGAUCUUUAACAAUUAUGACUUCAGCAAAGCACGCGAGAAUGUGCCCAAACUUCGUAAGAUUAAGGACAGGAGUGGAACAAACUUGGAUGCAGAGGCUUUGAAGAAGACCUUUCAUGAUCUUCAUUUUAAGAUAAAGCAAUUCAAUGACUACACAGCAGAGCAACUUUGUACAACUCUGAGAACCUACCAGUGUAAGGACCAUAGUGACAAGGACUGCUUCAUUUGCUGCAUCCUCUCCCAUGGAGACAAAGGCAUCAUCUAUGGUUCUGAUGGGCAGGAAGCUGCCAUCUGUGAGCUGACCUCUUACUUCACUGGGUCCAAAUGCCCUUCCCUUGCAGGCAAACCCAAAAUCUUUUUUAUUCAGGCUUGUCAAGGAUAUAACUACCAAAGAGGUAUAGUUGUUGAGACUGACUCUGAACAGAAUGACGACUAUCUGGAAAUGGAUUCAUCACGUCAGGCCGGAUAUAUUCCCAAUGAAGCUGACUUUCUGCUGGGGAUGGCCACUGUGAACAACUGUGUUUCUUACCGAAGCCCUGCAGAGGGAACCUGGUACAUCCAGUCACUUUGUCAGAGCCUGAGAGAAAGAUGUCCUAGGGGUGAAGAUAUUCUUACCAUCCUCACCGAAGUCAAUUACGAAGUGAGCAAUAAGGAUGACAAGAAAAAUAGGGGGAAACAGAUGCCACAGCCUACUUUCACCCUGAGGAAAAAGCUUUUCUUCCCUCUUAAUUGACCAUAGUGUUUAGUUGUCUAACACUUAAUUUAUUUGUUUAAGAGACAGCUAGGGCCCUUCCUGGUGGUGCAACGGG